CCUAAUGUAUCAUAUGUGAUGAAACGCUGAUGCAUUGAAACACUGAACGAGCCCCCCUCGUAAACCGGAUGGUGUUACACUUUACAGUUUAGCAUUUCCUGUUGUUACACUUGUUAUUCCCUAAAAUGGCGAAUUUAGCAGCUGCUGUUGUUGCUGCCGCUGGUAGAGAUCCCGCUGUUGACCGUUCAUUGCGCUCUGUCUUUGUGGGAAACAUUCCAUAUGAGGCCACAGAGGAGCAACUGAAAGACAUUUUUUCAGAAGUCGGGCUUGUUGUCAGCUUUAGGUUAGUGUAUGAUAGGGAGACAGGCAAGCCAAAAGGAUAUGGCUUCUGUGAGUAUCAAGACCAGGAGACCGCCCUCAGUGCCAUGCGGAACCUGAACGGAAGAGAGUUCAGUGGCCGAGCUCUCCGUGUCGACAAUGCUGCUAGUGAGAAGAAUAAAGAAGAGCUCAAGAGUUUGGGGACAGGGGCCCCUAUCAUUGAGUCUCCCUACGGGGACAACAUAAUACCAGAUGAGGCUCCAGAGUCUAUAAGCAGAGCUGUGGCCAGUCUGCCCCCAGAGCAGAUGUUUGAGCUCAUGAAACAGAUGAAGCUGUGUGUGCAAAACAGUCCCCAGGAGGCCAGGAACAUGCUGUUGCAGAACCCCCAGCUGGCCUUUGCCCUGCUCCAGGCCCAGGUGGUCAUGAGGAUCGUAGACCCUGAGAUCGCCUUGAAAAUGCUUCACCGUCAAAACCCAGUGCAGCCAUUGGUUCCCAACAGUCAAGCUGGACCAGUGCCAGUGGCCAACCAGCCUAUUCCACCGCCCAAUGCUCCUGUCUCCCAGUCACAGCCAAUGCCGGGCAUGCACAUGAACGGAGCCCCCCAGAUGAUGCAGCCCCCUCCCAUAGGUGGAGGACCUGGGCCCAUGCCAGGGCAGGGACUAGUGGGACCACCAGGAAACCUCCAGCACUCUCCCGUAGGAUCGUCUGGGCAAGCUGCUAUCGAGCCUCAAGGACCAGGUGGUAUCCCCCCCAGAGGCCUGCUUGGCGACGGCCCCAACGACCCCCGAGGAGGAACCCUGCUCUCAGUCACAGGAGAGGUCAUCGAACCCAGUCGGGGAGGAGCCUUCAUUGGCGCACCCCCACCACACCAGGGGCCCCCCAUGCACAUGAACCAGAUGGUUGGCGGGCCUCCUUCGGACAUGAGGCCACCUCACGACAUGAGAGGACCCCCCAUGGGUGAACCCAGGGGCAUGAUGGGAGAGCCCCGGGGACCCCCCAUGGGUGAACCCAGGGGCAUGAUGGGAGAGCCCCGGGGACCCCCCAUGGGUGAACCCAGGGGCAUGAUGGGAGAGCCCCGGGGACCACCCAUGAUGGAGCCCAGGGGACCCCCCAUGGAGACGAGAGGUCGUGACCCCAGAGCGGUGGACACCCGUGGACCAGUGUCAGGCCAGAGGGUUCCCAUGGCCCAAGGAAUGCAGGGUCCCCCCCCUCACUCCAUGAAUCCUAAUGCCCCUCCAACUGCCAGACCGGGUCCUGGUGUACCACAGUCUGGAGGUAGCUUCAGCCCAGGGCAAAGCCAGGUGACCUCACAGGACCAUGAGAAGGCCGCCUUGAUCAUGCAGGUGCUGCAGCUGACCCCAGAACAGAUUGCCAUGCUGCCCCCAGAGCAGAGGCAGAGCAUCCUCAUCCUCAAAGAGCAGAUCCAGAAGACCGCCGGGGCGCCCUAAAGAACAACCAACUCCCUGUCCCCUAUAAUGUCGACGUCACCUCAUCCUAAUUUCAAACAUUUUGUAGAUUGUUUUGUAUUAUAUUGUCUUUUUUUAAUGGAAGAUUGAAGUGAGUGCUUGUGAUUUGAAGAAUGUCAGUUCAUUUUCAAAUGGCAACACUUCAACAGAAGUAUUGUCGGAUGUUAUGGGUUUUUAUAUUGUCUAUCAAUAAGACGAGAACAAUUUUAGUACUGUAUUUUAUUCAGAUGGGAUGUUGGUAUGUACAGGAGAGGAUUUAAAGUGUCAUUGUAGAUUAAAAUAAACGAUUUGCUCAUAAGAAAAAGGACAUACAAUUGUGUAGGUUGAGGGGGUACACGGAGUGGAAGAGUCCUUGGAAUUAUUUUGUAAAUGUGAGGAAAGUACAUGUGUAUACAUGCUUCAUAGGAUUGUGACUCAUUUGUUCUAGAACAGAUUAUGUAGCUUUGACUGGCAAUACCUCGCCCUCAUUUAACACUUAAGUGCACCUGUAUAGUUUACAAGGAAAUGGAUAUACAAUAGGGCUAUUGUAAAAACAUUGCUAUCAUUUCCUUCUCUGUAGCUACACCUUGAAAGCGUGAAACUCAAAAGGCCUCAGUGUCAUGUUCAGAUUGAAGAGCCAUUGUUGAUUCUUUAUUCUACACUGAAUAAAACAUAUAAAGUGUU